AUGAUUGUGAGGAACCUCACCACAGACCAACAUGCUCUUCUCGAAUUUAAGCACCGAAUCAUUGAUCCUCAUAACAUCUUAGCCAAUAACUGGACUACCACUACCUCUGUUUGCAAUUGGGUUGGUGUCUCUUGCGCUUCUAAGCAUAGGAGAGUCAACUCUUUGAAUCUUCCCAACAUGAAUCUUACAGGAACUGUCCCACCACAUUUGGGAAAUCUCUCAUUCUUAGUAUCUCUUAAUUUGAGCCACAACAAUUUUCAUGGCCAUUUACCGACAGAGUUGGGGCAAUUAAGUCGUCUGAAACUCAUAGAAUUAAGCUUCAAUUUUCUUAGUGGGGAAAUUCCCUCAUGGUUUGGGGGAUUAAAUAAAGUUUUAUAUUUGAGCCUCUGGAGCAACAAUUUAACAGGCACAAUCCCUCAAUCACUAGCUAAAAUGUCCAACUUGGAAAUCUUGGACUUGAGGCAGAAUCUCGUUCAAGGACACAUUCCACCCGAGAUAAGUAAUCUUAUAAAUCUAAGGAUACUUCGUCUGGCAUUUAACCAACUUUCUGGUUCUGUCCCUUCAAUUAUUUAUAACAUUUCCUCCUUGCAAAUGAUUUCUCUUACAUCUAACAGUCUAUCUGGCAGUUUACCUGAAGAUAUAUGUCGUCAUCUUCCCAAUCUUGAGGCACUUUACUUGGCCUCAAAUGAGUUUUCUGGUCAAAUUCCAUCAAGUGAAAUCCCUUGGGAAGUUGGAAAUCUUCUAAGCUUGGAGAUAUUUUCUGUCGGAAAUAUGAGGCUAGUUGGUCCAAUACCAGCUUCCAUCUUUAACCUCACUUCAUUGAAAGCAAUUUACCUCAAUAGCAAUAAUCUCUCUGGCAGUAUUCCAGAUAAUAUAUGUUACUCUCUUUCUAAACUUGAGGUGCUUCAUAUAUCCUACAAUGAAUUUUCUGAUCGUAUUCCAUCAAAUAUUGGUGACUGCAGCAAUCUUCAAAAUUUAUCAUUAUCUUUUAAUCGGUUCAGUGGAUUCAUUCCAAGAAGUAUAGGAAAUUUAACCAAACUUGAAGAGAUAUAUCUAGGUGAUAAUGAUAUAGAAGGUGAAAUUCCAUGGGAGAUUGGGAAUCUUAUUUCAUUGGAGCAAUUAGGUGCAUCAUCUAUGCGGUUAAGUGAGUUGAUUCCACAUUCCAUCUUCAACAUUUCUUCUUUGAAAGUAAUUAGUCUUGAAAACAAUCGUCUAUCAGGAUUGUUUUAG